AAGCCGUUCUGGCUCGAGGUGCGCCGCACCUUGCUCUUGCCGGGGCAUGCCAUGGCGGGGCUGUGGCGGCGGCCAGCCGGCGCGUCCCUGGUGACAUUCCGAGCCGCGCUGCGUCCACGGGGGGCAUUUUUUCUAGAUGCGCAGGCUCGCGGGUUCUGGCUUAUAGAAGUAAGGAUGCCGAGGCGCAGGCCGCUUCGAUUUUCCAUCGGCCUCGCGUGCUGGGGCGCGCGCCGUGUGCCCACUACACUCGCAGUCUGUCGUCGGAGGCGCAGGGGGCGCACCCCCCAGAGGUGGUGCCCAAGGAGCAGUACGACAUGCUCAUCCCUGACCUCUUCCGCAGCGCGGCCAAGCAGUAUCAGACGCUGCCCGCUCUGGAUGGGCCGAAAUUUUCGCUCACCUACGCAGAGCUCGACGAAGUCACUGACUCGUUGGCAGCGCUUCUGCGUACCAAGUACAGGGCAGUGCCAGAGACGGUAGUCGGCAUCUACAUGGAGAGGUGCGAGGAGUAUGUCAUCGCACUUCUUUCCAUAUGGAAGGCAGGCGCAGCGUACUGCCCCAUCGAGGUGGCCUAUCCGCCGCCUCUGCUCCGCUCUGUCUUCGACGAGGUGGAGCCGAAGGUGGUCCUGACGAAGGAGGCGUAUGCCGCCAACGUGCCGCACUCCGUCAGCAAGUUCUCGUUCGACGGGGACUGGCGCGGCGUGAUCAGCCGCAUGGGCUCCGACGUUAAGGUCCUCGAGGAGAACAAGGCCAACCCCGAGUCCCUUGGGUAUGUCGUCAUGUCUGGUGGCACCACGGGGAAGCCGAAGGGCAUCGAGGCUCCCAUGCGGUCCCCCGUGGCGAGCUACUUGUGGCGCUACUCAAUCCAAGGUACGGGCCUGGCGCCAGGGUGGGAUGCAACGUUUUCUUCGUGUGGGAGAUCAUUCGACCCCUCCUGCGAGGAGGCACAACGGUCGUCAUCCCAGACGACAUCAUAUUCGAUUCGCACAAGCUCGCUCCGUACCUGGAGUCGAAGGCGAUCACGGAGGUUCUCUUCACGCCUUCGCUCUUCGAGACUCUCCUCAAUACUUGCGAUGGCGACUUCCUGCGGUCCCUGCCCCUCCAGGUUGUGUGGCUCAACGGCGAAGUGGUCACCACGAAGCUCCUGCAGCAGGCGAAGCGGCACCUUCCCCACGUCCUCUUCUGCAGCACCUACUCGAUCUCGGAGUGCGGCGAGGUCUGUGGCGUCCGCCUCGAUGCCGAGCGCCCCGACUUGGUGGUGGAAAAUUUGCCCAUCAACUUCUGUCCAGUGGGCCGAGUGGCCGACUUUGCGGAGUAUCGGGUCAUGAACACUGAGCGUCUGUCUUCCCACGACGAGCCAGCGGAAGUCGCGAAGGGCGAGGCCGGCGAGUUGUGGGUGUCAGGACGUGGCGUGGGACGCGGCUACACCAAGAACCCUACGAAGACCAAAGAGGUGUUCAUCACAUACGAGGGCAAGCCUUUCUACCGCACUGGCGACCUUGUCCGCGAACUGCAUGACGGCGCCAUCGAGGUAUUAGGCCGCUGUGACUUCAUGGCGAAGGUAAGAGGCUACUCUGUCGUUCUUGGGGCAGUAGAGUCAGCCGUCUUGAAGCAGCUUGGCGUCAACCAGGCAAUCGUAGUCGCUGCUGGUGCGGAAGGGACCGACAAGCGACUGGUGGCAUACAUGUCGCCGUGUACCCCUGGAGAUCUUCGGGGCCGGCUGCCGCUGGACCAGGCGCUCAUCGAUGAGCAUGGGCGGAGCCCGCUGCUGUUUCAAGAGCUGGUGAAGGAGCUGCCGCACUAUGCGGUCCCCUCCGUCUACGUGGUGCUAGACAAGCUGCCGAUCGACCCAGUGUCCACCAAGGCCAGCCGCAAAGCGCUGCCACCACCGCCGGCGCCGCCGCCAGCGGCCGCGGUCCCGGCCAGCUUCCGCUUCGAUGGCAGCGAGGCGGCGUGCCAGUUGGUCUUCGAGGAGGUCCUGGGCCUGCCGGCGGGCACCCUGACCAGCGGGAGCAACUUCUUCGAGUUCGGUGGCCACUCCCUGCUGGUCACGCAGCUGCUGGCGCGGAUCGCGGAGCUCGGAGGGCCGCAGAUCAGCGUGGCGGACUUCCUGCGGGCGCCCACCGUGGCCGGCGCCGUGCGCCUGAUCAGCGGAGAGGGCGUGGCUGCCGGGCCGGCGAGGUUCCUGCCGCAGGAGGUGGAGAAGUACACGCACGCCAUGCCGGACAUCGGCCUCAGCGUCCAGGCGUACUGGCGGUACACGGUCUUCGCGAACAACUCGCAGCGCGUGCUGCUCACGGGCGCCACGGGCUACCUGGGCGUGCACCUGCUCGCCCAGCUGCUGCGGAGGACGUCGUGCCAGGUCUUCUGCCUCGUGCGCCCGCCGGCAGGCUCGGAGGAUCGCGCGGCGGCGGCCAGGCAGCGGCUGGUCGACCACAUACACGCGCAGGGCUUCAUGGACCUGGACCUGGACCGCCUGCAGGUGAUCCCUGGCGACGUGUCGUUGCCAAACAUGGGUAUGGACGAGGGUGAGCAAUUGUUCCUACAGCAGCUGAUAGACGUCGUCGUUCACGCGGCUGCCAAUGUCAACCUGGCGUACACGUACGACCUCCUCGAGGCUGCCAACGUGCAGGGCACUGCGCGGGCACUUGAGUUUGCCCGGGGUGGCAAGGUCAAGGCACUUCAUUACAUAUCAACGAACGGCAUCUUCCCAGAAAGUGGCACGCCUGGCAGUUUCAGCGAGGCCGACACCCCUCCCCAUCACCUGCUGGACACUGGCUAUGGGCAGACCAAGUGGGUGGCGGAGCAGCUUGUGCUCAAGGCAAACGAGCUGGGCUUGCCCUGUGUGGUGUAUCGGCUGGGAAACUUGGCUGGCCCUCAGCAUGGCAGUGGCUGGAACGGGAAUGACUCCAACUUGCUGUUCAUGCGCGCUUGCAUCGAGCGCGGCGCGGUGCCUGAAGCCGGAGAUUGGUCAUUGGAGUUCACUCCGGUGGACUUUGUGGCCGAAUUCGUUCAGAAGUGCAUGAUGGACCUGAAGUUUGCGAACUCCAAGACGUUCCACUUGAUCAAUGAGCAGAAGUUGUCCCUGCAGGACAUGGCUCAAGUCGCCACACGCGUGGGGUUCCCCAUAGCACGAAAGGACAAGUCAGCAUGGUGCGAGAACAAAGGGAAGCAGCAGGACGGGCUGCUCAGCAUCGUGCUGGGCCAGGAUGCUCUCAACAGCUUGCUGGGACGCCACCACCACUGCAGCCAGGAGAAUACCAGGGCCGCGUGCGAGCAUUUCGGCAUCAGCUACCCGGCACUCACCGACGCUGCCUUUGGCGCCUACCUCCGCCGAUUAGUGAGCGAGCGCUUGCUGCCCAGCCCCAUGUCGCUGCCCGGUCGGCUCGGCGGACGCGUCGCCCUGGUCACCGGCGCCAGCAGCGGCAUCGGCAGAGCAGUGGCCCGUGUGCUCGCAGGCGAGGGCGCCACCGUCGUGAUCGUGGCGCGCAGCGCACAAAAGCUCCAGGAGGUCUCCGCGUCUCUGCCCGGCGACUCUAUCCCGAUGCCCUGCGACGUCACGUCGCGCAAGGCAGUGCACGAGAUGGUUGGCAAGGUAGAGGGACGGCUGGGGCAGAUCGACAUCGUGGUGAACUGUGCUGGCGUGAUGUUCUUCACGCUGAUGAAGAACUUGCACUACGACGAGUGGGAGCAGACCAUCGAGGUGAACUGCAAGGGCGUCGUGAACGUCUGCGGCGCCGCCCUGCCAGCGAUGCUGAAGGCAGGCUCAGGACACUUUGUGAACAUCAGCUCCGAUGCCGCCAAGACGCUCUUCCCGGCACUGACUGUCUACAACGCCAGCAAGGCGUUCGUCAACACCUUCAGCAGGGGUCUGCGCGCAGAGUGCGUUGGCAGCGGGGUCCGCGUGACAGAUAUCCAGCCUGGGGAUACGGCGACGAACUUGAUAAUGCAGAAUUCAGAUCAGGAGGCUGCAGACAAGGUCGGCGUCAAGAUCGGCGAUGUCGUCUGCGCUGGAGCCUCGCGAGAGUUCUACCUGGAUCCAGAGGAUGUCGCUGCAAGCGUGCUGUAUGCUGUCACCGCCCCCGCGCACGUGGGCGUGCACGAGAUGGUGAUUGAGCCCAGGGAUCAGAUGUACGGUGAUCCCACCGCCAUGGGAAGCUAGCCAGAGCCGGUGCUGCUUCGAGCGGAUCUUGUUGGCGGCGUGCCACCGGCUACACGCAAGAGCGACCUUUCGCCGGAGUGAUCUUUGAUGCGGGUCCAGUGGGGUUCCCCGAUCAAGGACGCGACGCGGUAGCAGCCGCUGGGCGCGCUCUGUGUUGGCUCCCUCCCGCGCCCCCGGGAAGCCGCGCACCGAAGGUCAUCCCUCCUGCCUGGGGCCACUCUCUGUGCGCAGCCGCCACCAGCACGGAGCGGGCCGCCAGCUGAACCAGCUGGUUGGUGCGUGCGUGCCUGGCCGCUGCCCCUCCCCCGGGCGCCUCCCCCUGCCUGCCUCGUGCAUGAGCCUGGGCGCGCGUGCCAAGCCACGGCCGGGCCUUGCCAACCGCGGCGCCCUGCGCGCGUAUACUGCAUGCUGGGGCCACCGCUGCAGUGGCGCCGGCCUCCAGUCGACGGCAUUACAAGUCGCUUCACCCCCUCCUCCCCCUUCUAUCCUUGCCCCUUCCCCUCCUCCCUCCUCCC